AUGGACGGUCCAGCCCUCGUGCCCGACGAUGUGCUCGACCCGCUCCCUCCGCCGCCGCCGCGGCUGUUCGAACGCCUUCGCCAGAUAGCCGGGUAUAGCUGGGACGAGACGGAGCCGCCCUUUCACUCGACAUAUGACUUUUGGCACGUCUUCGGCACCCGCUAUGUCUCUCCCACGCUGCCCACCUCAUCCUCGUCGCAGAACGCCUCCAGCCCGGGCUCGGUAUCCAAGCUCCAGUCGGGUCGACCAACUCCCUCCGAACAUGGCGGCCCGCUCUCCAGCUACAGCUUUGGCUAUGGCAGCGAAUCCCCCGCCUCUCCGCUGCCUACGCCUCACACAAAUAAUACGCCUCACACGAACCCUCUCGCCUCCCCCUCCGCCGAUGCAACAACGUACUACAUUGAAGAGCCCGUCGUGGCGCGCGUGUCGCACCAUGCCCUCCGUGAGGAGAGGGCUUUCCAGAUCGCCAGGAGCGUCACCUCGGCCGACCCCAACGGCGACCAUAUAGUGAAGCCCCUUGAUUUGAUACGACUGAGCCCGGUCGUCGGCGACCGCGGGGCCAUCGUCGUGGCCAUAUACCAGCAUCCCGGCCCCAAUUUGCUUCUCGAUCUCAUGGACAUGGGGCCCGCCUUUUACCACGCGCGCAAGGACGGCGACGCAUAUCGCGCCUACUAUUGCCGACCAAAGCUUCACCCCCCGAUAAGCCUUCGCUUGUUUCUUGAUUUCGCGAUAGGUGCGACCCAGUGUUUAGAGAUCCUCCACCACAGCCGAGGCAUGGUCCAUGGCGAGAUUCGCGGCGAUGCGUUCCAUUUCAACGCCGAAGAGAACAAGGUCCGGGUCAUGUCCUUCGGGUCCGGCGUCCGGUCCUUUGAGCACGGCCUCACCAGCACCGGCUGGUCGAUGCUCUCCAAGGAACUGGGGGGCCGGAACAAGCUGCUCUUCAUCAGCCCGGAACAGACUGGCCGGAUGCCUGCCGAACCCGACACCCGGACGGACAUCUACUCGCUCGGCGUCGUCUUCUGGACACUCCUCACCCAGCAGCCCGUCUUCACUGGCGAAUCGGCCCUCGACAUUGUCCAAGGAGUGCUCGGCCGCAGGAUCCCCAACGUCGCGACCGUACGCAUGGACAUACCGGACGUCAUCGGCAGGAUUAUCCAGAAAUGUACCGCCAAGAACGUCGCGGAACGCUAUCACUCGGCCAGCGGCCUACGCCACGAUCUCAUCAACAUCAAAGAGUAUCUCGAAGAUGGAAACUCACAAGCCCUCAAGGAGUUUAGGAUUGGCACAAGCGAUGUUUCGUCCUUUUUCAUGCUCCCGACCUCCAUGAUUGGCAGGCAGGAGGAAAAGGCCACCGUGCUCAAGGUCAUCAACCGGGUCGCCAAGAGCCAUGCUGCCCUGCGCAAGGGUCCAGUCAGCAGAUUCUCAGACGGAGCCAGCCUCCACGAGCUGACCGCCUUUGACGACAUAUCUAGUGAAGGCGGCGCCAGCUCGGUCGACGGAAAUAACCGCAGGAGCGGCUCCUUCGCCCAGACGAUCUCGUCAGAAACGAAGCCUUCAAAGAAUAGCUUCUUCCCGCCCAUGAUAUCCGAGACCAUGACCUUGUCGACCGACACCACUUCUUCGUCCCAAUCCACUGCCGCCGCGUUUCCCAGAUUUACGAAACCAUGGGAGCGGUGGGAGCGGAACCAGUCCAUCUCCUUGGGCUCUCUCUCCAUGGACUCCUCCAGUAUGGUUGAGAGCCUCAACGUAGAGGGGUCCCGUGGCCCGCUCGACAUGGGCUCGUCCAGUCUGUCUAGGCAGCUUGGCUCGUCCAAGUUCCGCCGUCAUGGACACUGCGAGGUCGUCACGGUCGAGGGCGCCGGAGGCGUCGGCAAGAGUCUCUUCGUGCAAUCAGUGCUGGCCGACGCUCGGCGGAAUGGCUACUGCGCGACGGCCAAGUUCGACACCUCAAAGAGGACGCCGUUUGGACCGCUGCUCAAGCUGCUGUCAUCGCUCUUCAAACAAGUGUGGGGAGAGAGGAAUACUGACACGCCCUUCCACCAGGGCUUGAAGCAAUACAUUCGUCCGGUGUGGCCGAUGCUGCACAGAAUCCUAGGACUACCGGAAUUUCUCCUCGGCUCGCCAGACAUGAACACGGCACGGCCAAUCUCCUCAUCUCAGAGCUCGGGAUCCCGCAAGGACACCCGACCGCCACUAAAGCGUAGAACCUCAUCCCCCGGAGAGUCUCCUGGACCGUUACCGCGGAGCGGAACUCAGUCCUCUCAAGACUACCUGCGCGCCGGAACGUCUACCAAAAGCAUGCGUCUAAUUAACACCAUUCUAGAUGUGCUCAGGGUCUUCACCACCCACAAGUUUAUCUGCUUCUGCCUCGAGGACCUGCAUUUCGCCGACGACGAGUCCCUGGAGCUCAUUUCGCAGAUUAUAGCCGCCCGCAUGAAGAUGGUUGUCAUUGUCACCUACAGGCCAGAGGAGCUUUCGCCGGCCAAACUUCAAGCAGUUGUCCAGCCGUUAGACGCAGACGAACAACCUCGCAGUGCACGCACACAAGUAACCAGAAUCGUCCUGAACCCCCUUAGCGAGGACGACAUCCUUCACUAUGUAUCGGCCACCCUCUGUAGACCCCGGGACGAGAUCCUUUCCCUUGCUCUAGUAAUCCAGUCCAAGACAGCCGGCAAUCCGUUCUACAUGCGAGAAAUGCUCAGCGCCUGCCAUAGGAAGAGGUGUAUCUGGUAUGACUACCGUGAUAGUCAAUGGCACUACGACAUGGAUAGACUGUUUGCGCAGUUCCAGGGUGAGAAAGACUAUGAUGUGUUAGAUACCGCCUUCAUCACCCACCGGCUGGGUGAGCUGCCGUCUGCUGCGCGAGCAGUGCUUGCUUGGGCCGCCCUCCUUGGCGGCUCCUUUUCGUUUGAGCUUCUUUGUCGGCUCAUGAGCGGAGAAUUCGACUACCCCGACGACGACGAAGAGGAAGAAGACUCGACGGCCUGUCCGAACUACGUCACCCAGCGUGCCUACACCGAGGGAGAGGCCAUUGCGGGCUUACAAGCAGCCAUCCAAGCUUAUAUCAUUGUGCAGACCGAGACAGACGACCGCUUCCGCUUCGCCCAUGACCGGUACGUGCAGGCUUCUUCGGCCCUCAAGGAGUGCAAGGCGCGAAAGAUGCACUUCAUCAUCUCCCAGACCUUAUUGAAGUACUACGCGGUGGAAGCCAGGCAGCGGGACAGCACAGCUUCCCACAUCUGCACAGCCGUCGACAUCAUCAGGCGUCGCGUGCGCUGCCGGAGGGAUUUCCGCAAACUGCUCAUGGAGUGCGCACGAGCUGCGACGGAGAAUGGUGCUCGACCGACGGCGGCCAAGUACUACAGCGCGGCAGUCCGGCUCUUGCAGGACAACCCGUGGUCUGACGAUGUGGAAGACGCCUCCUACGACGAAACGAUACAGCUCUACCUCCGGUCGGCAGAGUGCCAUCUUUACAUGAGCCAGGUGACGUCAGCCGGCGAGCUUCUCUCUCAAAUCUUCGCAAACGCCAGAAACGCCGUCGACAAGGCGCCGGCAUACGUCCUGCAGUCGCGGAUUUAUGCCCAGAGCGGCGACUCGCCGGCGGCUUUGGUUUCCCUGAAGGAGUCCCUGGGCCUGCUCGGUAUCUCGCUCGACGAAGAGACGACGUACGAGAAGUGUGACGACAAGUUCCACAAGGUUGUGGCGCAGAUCCAAGACAUGGACCGUCAAGCAUUGCUCAGUAACAAGAAGUCGAGCGAUCCCUCAAUAGCGUCCAUCGGCGCUGUCUUUGCCGAGACCACCAAUGCGGCCUGGUGGAGCGACCGAUUGCAGUUUUACCAUCUCAGCCUCCUCAUGUUUGACAUUCAGCACUCUCGCGGCCCCUUUCCGCAGUCUGGGAUGGUGUUUCUCAACCUGUCCGUCAUAGCGCUGGCGCGUUUCAACAUGGUUCCCUUUGCCAUCGACAUGAGCAUGCUCUCCCAGGAUCUGCUGUUCCAGACCCGCGACGCCUAUUCUCUGGCUCGAGGCGAAAUGCUACACCAAUGCUUUGUCGGGCACGUACACUGCUCCAUGACGCUGGCCAUUUCCCAGAUGGAGGAUGCGAUUGAGCUGGCGUCUGUGGCCGGUGACAGGAUGUCGACCAUUCAUAGCUACGGAUUGGCUGCUCAGAUCAAGUUCUUUGCGAGCGAAAACUGCAACGAUCUCGAAGCCUUCUGUGAGCUCGCUUGCGAGGAGAUUUAUCGAUGGAACUGUGACAGCAGGGGAGGAGUCAUGCUCAUUGCCGUCAGACAGGCCUGCAGAGCGUUGCAGGGCAAGACGCGCACCCACAGCGCCCUCGAGGUCAUGACGGACGAUGAGCACAACAGCGCAUCGUACAAGAACUGGAUGGUGGAACGGACCAAAGGCAGCAAUCGUCCGAUGCUAUUCUACGAAAGCUUUGAAAUAGUCAUCCUCUUCCUCUUCGGCCACUAUGAUCGCGCCAUUGAAGUCGGAGAAAGAUGUUUCGAGCACCUCGCCGAUCUGUGGUCAGCACGAAAUACGAGGAUGAUCGUCUUCUUCUACGGACUGGCUCUCGCUGGACGCUUGCUUGGAAAAAUGGAGGAUCCCCGCAGCCAGGCCGGCGACUUCACAGCAGAAAUUGUGCAGCUCAUCCAAAAGCUCAACGUGUUCUUGAAGAUGAUUAACGACUGGGCAGUGGUGUCCAACGUCAACUACCUGGCGUGGGCCAGGCUACUGGAGGCACAAAUGGCAGAACUGUCGGGCGACCAUGGCGGUAGCGUCCAGAGUUAUGAAGAGGCGCUGGACCAUGCUACCGAGCAUGACUUUGUGCUCGAGGAAGCCCUGGGCAACUACCUCAUGGCGGGUUUCUUCAUUCGACGCAAAGCGCGACGCUCGGCUCGUGCUGCUCUCCUGGAUGCCUUGAGCUUAUUUAGACAAAUGGCGGCUACCGGCGUCGCCCAUGCCAUCGAAGAGGCGCACUCGCUUCUUCUGCAUGGGCCUACACGGAACCAUCGCGUUGCCGACAUGGGCGUCCAGACCGAUUUCGUCACAGACGCGCCUUCUGUUCAGUAUCGCCCCGUGGAUGGAGACGACGACGACGAUCUCACCCAGAUUCCUUCCAAUGCCCUCACCGAGUCCAAGGGGGAGCAGAUUGGGGCCUGGAGAAACUCGAUGCAUAUGCAGGCGGAAGACGGCGGCGGGCUCCCUGCUCUCGAUAUGAUCGAUCUGCACGCGAUCCUCAAGUCUUCGCAAGUCAUCUCAUCGCUGCUGCAGGUGGAAGAGCUGCUCAAGACCAUGUGCGAUGUGAUUCUGCAAACCUGCGGCGGCUCGGCGACCAAUGCCGCCAUUGUGGUUGAUGCGGAUGCCGACGGCUGGUGUGUGGCUGCCAGUGGUGACCCGGAGAAGGGAGCUUCGGCACACAAGCCAGCCUUGCCCCUUGCCAGUACCCCCUUGAUAGCCGAGAACGUGGUGCUGUACUGCACGCGGUUCAUGGAGAGUGUCUUCAUUCCGGAUAUCGUUUCCGACGAGAGAUUUGGCAACGUCAGCGAGUCCUGGCUCCAGCGGAAUCCGACGAGCAAGGCCAUCAUUGCCAUUCCGAUUCGGCAUGCCAACAAGCCACUGCUGGGCGUGCUGUAUCUCGAAGGCGUCCCUGGGUCAUUUACGGAUCGCAACGUGACCGUCCUCCAACUCUUGGUCAAUCAAAUCGGCAUCAGCUACUCAAAUGCCCUGUCCAUCAAGAACAUUGAGAAGAUCUCGGCUGAGAACCACUCAAUGGUGGAAAUGCAGAGGCGUGCGCUGAAGAAGGCCAUCGAGGCGGAGGCGAAGGCGAAGCACGCAGAAGCAGAAGCGAAGCGAAACGUCAAGCUGGCCGAAGAGGCUGCCAAGGCUAAAUCCAUCUUCCUGGCCAACGUUUCUCACGAGCUUCGGACGCCGCUCAACGGAGUCAUCGGAAACUCGGAGCUCUUGCGCGACAGCAACUUGAACAAGGACCAGCUCGAAAUGGCGGAUUCCAUCCGCGUCUCGGCUGACCUGUUGUUGACUGUCAUCAACGAUAUUCUGGACUUCUCCAAGAUGGAAGCUGACAAGAUGAAGCUCUAUAUCAUUGCCUUUAAUCCGGAGGAGAUGGUGAGGGAAGUCGUCCGGGCCGUCUCCUACAGCAACAGGGAGAAGACGUCCAAGAAGAAUGUCAAGAUCAUCCAGGACAUCGACCUACCGUCCAUGUUGAUCUAUGGCGACCCAAUCCGGCUUCACCAGGUUCUCGGAAACCUCAUUGGGAACAGCCUCAAGUUUACCGAGGACGGCUCCAUCACCAUUGGCGCUCGUCUGGAUCACGAGACUCAGGAGAGGGCGACGUUGACAUUCUGGGUCAGGGAUACAGGUAUUGGCAUUCCGCCCGAGCAGCUGGCCAAUCUCUUCCAACCGUUCAGCCAGGCGGACGCCAGUACCGCUAGAAAGUACGGCGGGAGUGGGCUCGGGCUUUCUAUCUGCAAGUCGCUCAUCGAGAUCAUGAUGCAGGGCAAGAUCCAGCUCGAGAGCGAGGAGAACUCCGGCACAACCGCCUGGUUCACAGUUUCCUUUGAGAAGGCCAAGCCGGAUGUUGCCGCUGGAGAUGCACAGUUGCAAACGUCGGCCCCGGUCGAUAGAUAUUCGGCCAGGACCUCUUCGUUCGUGGAACGAGCAGCGUCGCCGAACCCGUACCUCGAUCUGACCCGGGUUCCCAAAGAGGAGAUUCGCAUCUGCGUGGCAGAGGACAAUCCCAUCAACCAAAAGAUUGCCAUCCAGUAUGUACAACGGUUGGGAUACACCAGCGUGAGUGCCUACGAGAACGGGCUGAAGGCGGUCGAGGGCCUCCGGCAAAAGGCUCGGGAGGGCAUCCCUUACCACAUCGUCCUCAUGGAUGUGCAGAUGCCGGUCCUCGACGGAUACGAAGCCACCAAGCUCAUUCGAAACGACCCAAUCGAUGAGGUUCGAAAAAUCUUGGUGAUAGCCAUGACGGCAUCGGCCAUUCAAGGCGACAGGGAGAAGUGUCUGGCUGCCGGUAUGAAUGAUUACCUCGCAAAGCCCGUCCGCGCGGAAGUACUCAAGAGGAAGCUGGAUGCCUACAUGAGCAAUUCAAGGCCCGGUCCACCACCCUCCACCCCUUCACCGGCAAACGCGACGCCAUAUGCAGACACGACGAACGGCUAUAGCAGCGAAACGGUAACGUCCGUCCAAAAGCUGCCGCCGCCUCCGAGGAAACCCCUGCCCAGCAGCGCAUCCAGCACAAGUUCCGAGCCGGUGAUACGGAAACCGGUACCUAUUCGAUCGGCGUCCGGUUCACUGCACGAGUCACUCUUCGAUGGGCCUCAUCACUCCGAGGAUUUGCAGCACCCCGGAAGCCCGAUUUUUGAUGAGGAGCUCGAGACUCCGUUCGGGGAUGAUUCGGUUGCCAGCCAAGCAGACACCAAGAGCCGCUCCACAAGCAGGACGUCGAGUGAUCAGGAGUUUUCCGACUCUGGGGCGAGGAGAGGAUCUACCUCGCAAGAGCAGAGACAGCCGCCUCGGAAACUGGCCGAGAGCCGGGGGAACAGCAUCACCGAGGCGGAGAUGGAGAAUGGCGCCCAGGAGGAGAAGUGGGAGGAAGAGUCGCAGCAGUCGAUCGUCAGGGAGGCCUAG